GUCGUUUGACUAUAUCGCGUUUAAUCCUUGGCUUCACCUACGCUCAUCCGGCUCAGUGGCCCACUGUCAAUCUGGCCUUCAUCCUUCAGACCUCCCAGCAGUUGCCUCCCGACCGCCUUUAUGGUCACUCCUGUGGGAGGGGGUCUCCGAUCUCGUCGGCCGCCCCAUCACCGACAUCUCGCCGCCCUCGCGCAUGACGCCGGAGGCGCUCCGGCAGCGCGGCAUGGGCGUGCAGUUCCCGGAGGAGGCCCCGCGGCUGUACCCGGGGGCCAUCGACGUGGAGGGCGGCGAGCUCGCGGCGCGGGCGCUGCAGUUCUGCCUGUGCCCGACCCCGGAGCUGGGGCGGAGCCGGUCCUCGGGGUCGACGGAGGCCAGCCGCCCGGAAGCCCCCGGGGGGCCGUCCGACGCCGAGCGGGCCCUGCAGUUCUGCCUGUGCCCGACCCCGGAGCUGGGGCGGAGUCGGAGCCGGUCUUCGGGCUCUGCGGAGGCGGAGAGGGCGAGGGACUUCUGCCUCUGCCCGACGCCCGAGCUGGGCGAGGCUCGUUCCCCGCGGUCGUCCUCUCGGCCCCGGCCCUCCGCCUCGCCCGGGGCUCUGCAGCGGCGGUUCCACGACAGGGUCCGGCGCGCGUCGCUGGACUCGGCUGGGCGAAGGCUGACGCCGUCGCCCCCGCGGCCCGAGGCUGCCGGCACCGCCGCCUCCGCCGCCCCCGGCGGCGCCCGCCUCGCGUGA